UAAGAAAAACAACAAUGGCAGAGGCUGUGAGGGAAAGACGCAGUUCUCGUAAAAACACAAAACAGAAGAAACAAAAAGCAAAGUCUCCAAAGUUAGGAAUAACUCUGGAGGAUGAAGGUGAAGCAGGGUUGGAAGAAUUUUUACAAGACCUGGAGACUGAUCCGUCAUUAAUUCUACCACCAUCAGAACUCUCAGCACAGACAGAGACACCUGGUGGUCACAAUGCAAAGGCGGAGGAAACAGGGGGACAUAAUGCUGUAUCAGAGUGUGAAGGGACAGAAAGUGGUGACUUGAGACUUAGGGACACAAUACCUGAUACAGAUAGGAAAGAUUGUAUAGGUGAGAAAUCUGACAAGGAAACAGCUGAUACUAUGGUAUCUACAGUUUACACUGCAAAGGAACAUGACAACUCAGAACCUCAGAGGGAGAAUAAGGACAAAACUGACAUGAAAACACCGGUGGGAGAAACUGAAUCUGAGGGCAAGAGUGUUUCAGAGGUUGAAGUGUCAUCUGAUACUCAAGUAUUAGGGACUCAGGGGUUGGUUUCACCUUCUCAGUCUGAAGAUGUCAUAAGUGGACAGGAAAGUUUUUAUUCAGCCACCUCGAUGCUCAGUGAUAAAGAAUUAGGUCUGACAGUUUCUGACAAUGAUGUCAGUCAGGUGAUGUCCGAUGACAAAAUUGCACCGGACAAAACUGACACAGAAAAAAUGGAAGCAUCUGAAAUGAAGACUGAUUCUGGACCUCUAUAUCCUCAAAUCACUCCAGUUGGUCCAGACACAUUGAAACUAUUGGAAAAAGACCUUGAAAGGUUAAAUAUAAAAACUGCAUCUUCACAGCACAAUGUUUGUACGGAAAAUCAAAAGUCAAAACAGUUUGAGGAGCCGCGUCCUCAGGAGUCUGCACCUGCCAUGAUUUCUAUGAAGGGUGUUGUGGAGAAAGCUGCUAAAUCUAAAAGUGAACCGACUCUGGUUCGCAAGUUUCAGCCUCUCACUUUGGAACAACUUCAAAGCUUAUACUACAACCCGGAGCUGGUCAACAAUAUCCAUUUCAUCGAUAAGUUUGUGCAGCAUGAGGCAAAAAAGGAAAACCAUGAAUUCCUGGAGAUCUUAACGAGCUAUCUCAGUGCUCGUCGACAUUUCCAGCAGGCUGACGGAGAGAUUGAUGCACUACGGACAAACUACUCACAAAUGUUGGAACAAGUGUGGACAACAGCCAAACAUUCUAUCAAUGCUAAAGGGCCUUGUGGGGAUGGAUCCCAGUGUAAAACUACCCAUCUCUACGACAUGUGCGAGUUCAGUGAGACAAAUUUUGGAAGCAUGAAGCAGAUACUUGAGUCUAUACGUCACAACAUACAGAACCAAUUUGCCUUGUACUCAUAUUCUGUACAGCUGGCAAAACUUCAGGUGGAGUCGUACAUCCAUGAUCUGUUCAUGAGGUCACCAGUUCUGCGGGAAAUUCCAAGAAAUGCUCCGGUCAAUGCUUGUCUACAUCACAACUCUAAUGACGAACAUCAGAUCGUGCGACUGCGGGAGUGUAUCUCCAUCCUAUUCUCAUUCCAUCGCCGUCCAAUCAAGGAUGAGGAGUUUGUAAAGGAUACAAAGCAAUGGACCCUGAGACUGGUGUCAGCAUUGGCGAGGGUGGCCAGUUACAACGAUCAUCUAUUUAUCCUGAAUCAUGUGUUACGGUGCCCGGCAGGGGUUGGGGAGUGGGCUGUUGGGCUCAUACAGGUCCCAACUAUUUCCCAUGCUACGUCGCCACCCAUCAAUAUUGGCAGCCCGGUCCUUGAUCACCUGAUGACUUGUCUCGCUACCAUUCUCAUGCCCAUUCGGGGGAGGGAAGACUUCAUUUGUCUGAUGAAUGAAGCCAUAACUCCAGACCCUCAACAUGGCAACACAUGGAUAAUGGUGGACUCUGACGGAGAAGAGGACGAGGAUCCAAAGAAUGCAUGGAUGUAUCUCCUUGAAAAUGAUAUUGUGGCCAUAUUAAACCAGAUUCCAAUGAUGGAAGCAUACAAACACAUCAUGCUGAUGACAAAGAACAGCGACGGUUCGUUAGGCUACAAUGUGAAGCUGACAACAGACACAGUGAUAAUCAAGCUGUUUGCCUUUUGUACCUGUCUGAUUAAUCUCCUGGGAUGGGGCCUGCAGACCCACAGUAAGGGACGAUACCGACAGCUCAACAAACGAAUCGGUCGAAUGAUCAGACAAUGUGUACAGUAUGUAUCGGACCACUGGGAGAAUUUCCAGGAGGCUAACCGACACUUGUUGCCAUUGGAACUGUUGGAGAGACUACAAUUGGAGUAUAGUCAGUUCUUCCUGAGGGCCACAAAUUGUAUACUUACUGCUCAAAGACUGGGAUGUUGGCAGUUCAUGACAGACAUGCCCUACUCAACAUUGUCAGGGGAGAUGGCAUGGCAACUGGUGUGGCUUUUCCACCAGGGACGGGGACAGACCAUAAACCUGGAUGCUCUGCCUUCAGAGGAAAUCUGUAGGAAGUUUUUCUCCAACCCAGACAGCAGACACCAGUUGUGUGAUUCUGUACAACAGUUACCAGCGUCGGAAGCUAUCUACCUCCUCACUGCACUAGCCAACAUUGCUCAGAGCAGACGACAGCAGGAGAGCGACAUCAUACAUACCAUCUGUCUUUGUCUCUUUGAGGUGUGCUAUGUGUGUAGCAGCACCAGAGAGAUGUGUUCCAAGGUUGGUAGGGAACUGCUGGCUGCCAUAGCAACCAUCCACCCGUUCAUCUUGUCACUGUUGAUACAGGAGGCCAAAGACAACAUGGAGAACAUUGGCAUGAUGGCUGUUUACCUGUUCAAAGAGCUUCCGUUUGAUGUGUGGUUACCUAGGGAACAUGAUUUUGAUGUGAUAAGGCAGUGGCUACUGACCACAGAUCUGACCGACCCUGGUAAUCAGGUGGCGCGAUUGGUCCUAAACAAGAUCCACUGGGGAGUCGAACCAGAGACAAACCGUCUCUUUGUACCGUAUGAUUUCCACAAGAUGACGGCCAUCCUUCUGACUGAAGCCUACGGAAAGUUUGUAACCAACAAGAACCUCGGCUUCUGGUUCCUCGAGGGGAUGAAACAGGUGGCGUUGGUGGUGAAGCAGCAACAGACCAAUGAGCAGCAGUUUAACAACUGGUCUUGGGAGGUGGUGAUGAAGCUCCAUCUACACCUCAGUUGUCUCCCCUCCCCUGACCUUGCCAUGUUUCAGUCUGCUGGGGGUCCCCCUGACAUCACCAAAGACAACUCACUCCUGGCUGUAUCUAAAGGUGUUAAAGAAAACAACCCUAUGGCCAGUUUUGUGGCAGUCAUUUGCUCAAGUCAAGGUCACAAUGCCACAGAGUUCCUGGCAGAGGGACUCAGUCAGCUGUGUAGUCUGGUAGAGAACAACCAUUACAGGCCAGCACUCCUCGUACUUAACUGUACCAUUUCACUCUUCCUCAACAACCCAAAGGUCGUCAAUGAAAACGCUAGGUUCAUGAAGUGUAUCAGCAGUCUUUUGUCAGCUGACGAUUCCUUUCUCAAAAUAAGCAAACUGUGGACCCAGGAGUUUCCUGGACCAAUGACAAAGCUUUUCUCUUGCAUGAUCCAGGAUUGUAUAGACAAGGCCGCUCAUUUACCAGGUAGCUCAGCCCUGUUUGCGGCAGUAGACUUCUGGAUUCGUGUCAUCGUCAAGACAACCAAGUGGUUCCAGGACAGAAAAACAAAAGCUGUGACCAAACUCAAGCUACAGGUUUCCCCGGGGUUGCACAGCCUGAAUAUCUACCGUUGGGGGCGUCAGGCCCUGGAUAUGGAUGUGGAGCACUCCAUGGCACCUCUCGUCUGGCAACGAUUCUUUGGCCUCUUUGUCGGUCGGAUGGUAUCCCAAGUCAGCAUGCAGCAGCGAGCCAGUGUUGGGGAGAAGUUCUACGACGUUAGCAAGCAUACCUCCGAGCUGAAGAAGAUGAAGAAAAAACUGAAGGAAGGAGUGGACUAUCAUAUGAACUACCAGUCUCGGAUACAGCACCAGGAGGCAGAGUCCAACAGGGCUGAGGAAAGGCGAGAGGAAACAGGUGAUGAGAAGUCAACAUUAGAGGACCAAUCCUUCCUGCCGAGGCGCGACUUCCACCAACAACUCACAAGACUGUAUCAAACCUUCCAGCUGUGGACCGAGGAACCAAUGUUACAUGAUGCUAAUCUUUACCUACCUGCUCUCCCUCCACAGUAUCAGUCAGAUAGACUCCACCUGCUGUUUCAGAACCAAGUGGACCCAUGGCUGGAGACAGUUGACCAUGACAGGGUGCUAUUUGAGCUGGCCCAACUGACCAGUGAAUGGAACACAUCUCUGCUGGGUUCAGAGGUGAAACACACCGUUACCAAGGAAACAGGGAGGAUACCUACAGCAACAGAAAAAAUCAUUAGUCGGCUGCAGCGCCAUGAUCCUGUAAAAGAGUUACCUGACCAGCAGCCUCUGAAAGCAGUUGUAGAAGACAUCAGCAUCACUGUGAUGCAGGAGAAAGCUGCCAUUAUGCAUGUCCUGAAGGCUGACAUCAAUGCCCUGAAGGAUUACGCCAAGUCAUUUCAUGUUCGGACCUCCCAGCAUGUUGCCUGUGACGAUGAUUUCAGCAGACUUCUACCCCAACUCUACUACAACAGACCAAAACAGGUGAAGGUUACCAUAGAGUGUAAGAGUGUCAUCAACCCCCUACACAAGUGUUCUAACCCGGCAGUCGUCCACGUUAAUAUCAGGGAGAAGGCUACAGAUGAGGUGGUCCAGAGACAGACUGACGAGAAUCGAGCCGAGUUCAAACAGCUGAUGAUAGAGGGACACAACCCUCCCCCACGGGUUGUGUGUGUGUCUGUUGUUCACUUGGAGAACGCCAUCACGAUGCUGGUGAAGUUGUCGCGGAGCUGUACAGAUGACGCCCUCCUGUCUCACUACAACGACGUUGCAUGCUCACUCUUCUUCCACGUGGCAGAAUCCUUCAACGAUGACAUCCAGUUUUACCCUCCCACUAAACAGUUCUUCUCCUCAUGUAUGGACUUACUGGGAAAGGAGUUCAUACAACAAAACCCAAGUCAGACAGAGUUUGUACUCCAGUUCUCAUUGGACAACCCAACGUUGGCCGGCCACAUGUCGCCACAUUUCAUCCCGCUCAACAGUGCCCAGCUUUAUGUGGCCAUGUACGAACGCCUGGUUCAGGUCCUACAGCAGCAGGCCCCACACCUUGUAUUUACACUUCUGACAAAGUUUGACAUCGAUGAAUGGCUGACAAAGUCCACUCCUGCCCUGACGGAGAUUAAGCGAUAUGGAGAGGUGUUAGGACGAGCCUUGUACAGCUGCGGGGCCAACCCAGACAGCAAGCACGAGCUAGUGUUUGAGAUUUACUGUACACAUAUGAACAGGCUGCUCCAGCACAGAUUUCCCAGCAAUGUAAUGGUGGUCCUGAACAUUCUGCUACAGGGUUCAGACCAGCAACAGAUCCAUGUGAAAUGUUGGAAUCUGUUUCAUAUGGCAUGCUUUGGAGACAAGGAGGUACAGAGGGAGGGGUCACCAAGUAAGGAAAGUGACCAAGAGCUGAUACUGACCACAGACCUGACAACUGACCAGGUACGUGAGGUGCUACAGUGGAUAGGGGCGUACUACCUCCAGCUGAGGAUGUCUUCGCAUGACCUGUCCAUGUUUGGUCUUUACCCCAGCCUACAGCAGUACAUUCCCUAUCUCAAGUGUACCAUCAGGGAUUUGCUCGUCUGUGUCACUUACAAGAUGGCACCACAAAUUCAGGACGGCAACUUUAACCAAGUACUGGACUUGCUGUGGCAGACGACACUAGAGACCUUCAAUCCCUGGAUACAGCCCCUCUCCAAACAGGAGGGUACUCUGUAUCCAUGGAUACAGGCUGACGCGGAGUCUGGCAAAGAGAUGGUGAAGGCCUUUCGACAUGUUCUGUAUAAUAUCUACACAACCUUUCAGUAUGUAUGUGUGCCGUACCAGCGCGACAUCCUGUCGGAGGUGUGGCAGUACUUUGCCUGCGUGUUGUGUACCAAGACCACACCUGCACAUGUGACACAGGUCUACACUGAGGUCCUACGACACCUGCCCUGGGACCGACUCACCCCAAACAUCCCCGUCCUGGAAUCAAUGAUGCAGCUGAAGGACACCAACAAUGCUGAGAGUUUUGAGUUACUUGCCUACAUCGUGUGUCAAGUUGACUGGACCAGUGUGCUACAGUUCUACGCCCAGUCAUACCCCGGGGAGGGACCGACCAAGGUCCUCAACUGUGUCCUCACCCUCCUCAUACAGAGCUUCGGGGAUCAGAAACACAUCGAGAUUCCAAUGCUAGAGCAGAAGAUGCAGAUAGCAGAAAAGUAUGAUUGGCAGCCAUUGGCCUCCGACAGUUUCCGCCAUGCCUGUAAUUGGCUGCUUCAGACAUGUGACCCUGGGUGUGUCUUGGUGGAGAGAUCGUCGUCGACAGCUCUAGGAACUAGGUUGAUUAAAGCAGCAUCAGGGUUCAAUGUCCAGUACUCUGGUCAGUGGACGUCCGAGUUGUCGACCAAACGUCAGUGUUACGUCCACACCGUAGUCCAGCUUCUGUGUCAGUGUACAUUUGGGACCAACAUCAACCUGGGCAAUCUGUCCACUGCCAUUCUUAACCUCAUGACGGAGACGGAAACUGUCGGUGCUUCAGUGGUGGAUUUGAGAAUGCAACGAGAUGAAACUUUAGAUUUGGUCAAAGAAAUCUUUGGUUUACUCAACAACUGUAACCCGGAAAACAAUUCCCUGGAUGUUGUCAUGACAACGGUUGUCGAGUGGCUGCAGUCAUCACCACGAAGCAUCCUCCUGUUGCCUUGUGUCAAGGCUGCAUCGCGUUGCCUCGCCUCCCACACACAGAUUGUACGCAUCGUGGAGGAAUGUAUCCAUGUUUACUUCAAGGGAGGGAUGGACCAGACUGCGGGUGGAGGCUGGGACCAGGUGUUAGCGGCUAUACAGAUACCGGACUUGAACACUGAAGAGUUCCUCGAGACCGCCCUACAAGAGGAGUCGUAUCUACUGCUGUACGGAUACUGUGUCCUCCAGCAGCCUCUCUGUCAAGACGUUGCACAAUUCUCAAACCUCGUAAACAUUAUACUGACCUGGAUCAAUAAAGCCAAACCUACUGCUGAAAAUGAGUCGAAGCUAAUGCUGCUGUGCUUCAAGCUCCUAGAACUUGUGCUUCUACAGCUAGACUUCAGGACCAAGCAUGCAGACUGCAUCAAAACUCUCAAUGCCUUUGUGGCAUCCCUACACCAGCUGGGAGAGGACAGAGCCUCGACUGGAAUCCUUGGGGCUAUUGGUUUCGGCAAACGGUCCACACUCUCCAUCAAAUUUCGUGUCAUUGCCCGCAGUCUGUCCGCGCUGGUAUCCUCACAGAUAUACGGAGAAACUGUACUGCGCAUGCAGCCAAAUGAACCACUUGCCAACACCUCACAGGCAAAGACUGAGGUUGGAGCUCUUCAGGCCUUGAAGUCCAAUAAACAAUACCAGCAGCAUCGCAGCGAGAUCCAGUCAGCGUGUGAUCUUGUGAUGAACGAACAUCAUUGUCUGCGGGAUGUCUUCACGCUCAUGCGUAACUUGUGUGUGGCAUUCUACCCAGACAAAGAAUAUCUCUCUGUGAUUCACCAGUACAAGUAGCUAUUGGCCAUGUGAUCUGUUCCCAUAGCAACAGGUCUAGUGAUUUGCUUGUGUGAUCUACACAUAUUAUACGAACCCAGAACAAAAACCCACCUGUCAUGUUUGAAUAUGACCUGUCUGCUGUUUUCACUUUGCAUAUAGAUACUGGUCAUGUGAUCUGUCAUGUGACUUGUAGGCAUAAUACAAUAGGUCAUAUGAUAUUUGUCCAAGGAGAACUUAUUUGAAUUUGAAAAGGUCCCUUGUUUUGUCAUGUUAACAUGUUGUUAAAUGUUGCAUGAAGUUAUGGAUCAUUAUUUGAAAGGCAUUAGUUCAUAUACCAGUUUCAUCAUGUGAUAUGUUGCUAUAAAUAAACACAUUGUGUCAUACAUUACUAUAAAUAUAAAUGAACCACUUACUAAUUUUGUGCAAUUAUACCUAUCACUUUAUGUCAUAAUUCAUAAAUAUGUUUAGACAUGUUAAUUACAUACAAACGUGUUUGAGGGAUAAUUAUGUAGCAGAACUGAACUGGUUCAACUGCUGGUGAACAUGUAACUCAAUUGCUGAGAGUGUCUGUCUAUAGUUCCGAAGGUCCUGGGUUUGAACCUCAAAGUCUGUCCGUGCAUUUACUCGCUCCUUUUACAAUAAUGUACAUAAAAUGAUAAUAUUAAAGGUAAAAACUGGUUUUUUUUUAGUUAACUGCUUUUUAAAGAUGAGCCCUUGAGGAAUACCAAGUAACCUGUCAUAAACAGAUAAACUGGUGAGAGACAUAUAGAAAAUGGCAACCCUUUCUGUAGCAUAAUAGAUAAAAAAAUAACUCAGAUUAGCCCCAGUUUAAGGAACAAACUCUACCCUUAAUUACAUGAUGCGAAUUGUCUAUUUCAGCAAAUUUAUUGAUAAGAUUAAACAACAGGUUAAGCCUAUAUGAAUUGUCUUCAGCUGUCUAUGGCAUAUUUACUUCGAUGUAGUUUGGUACCCAUUUGUACUGCUAGGUAGUCUGGAAUAGUCCAUGUGAGAUCUGUGGAAGAAAAUAAAGAACUUCAUCUCUGGUUCUGAGUGUAAGGUAGAGGGACCAGGGCUCAGAACUUCACUUUAUCAAUGACCGUGACAUAUCACAGCAUCAUUGCUUGCUAAGUCUGGUUUGUUGACCAUAUGAGAAGCUAUCAAAGGGAUUUUAUCCUAAUUUGGGCUGGUGCAUCCUUUGGCCAAGGGGACUCAAUUUUGUAUAAACUGUAAGUGUGGCCGCCCUGGGGGCAGAGGUGGGGCCAACUAGGAGAAAUUUGUUGAUUUAAAGUCAACAUCUUGCUUCAAGUAAAUAGUAAGGCCGUUCCAGGAAUAAUGGGAGGUAGGGAGGCACUUUUUCAGAGACCACACCACCCAUGAAAUAUUAAAAGUGAUCUAAUAUAAGGAAUGGUACACAGAUCUGGUUUUAACCCCACCACCCAUAAUAUGUUAAUACAAGUGCCUCCCACCUCCCCCAUAUGAUGAAUUAUGGAAUAGCCCUUUAUUUUUAGUUUUACAAAUGUCUUUCAUUAUAAGCCUGAUAAUGUUGUGCAAUUACAUGACCUCUAUGUUACUGUAAAAUGUUACUAUAUUUAAAUGAAUUAUUAUUGUUCUGUAUAUAUAUAUAAUGUAGAUUAAUAAGUGUAUAUAAUGUAUGAUGUAUAGAUAUUAGUGUAUAUACAUUGCAGAUUUUGAGAUAUAGAGGUUGAACAAGACAUACAAAUGUAUAUACAGCCAUCGAUUGCCAUGUUUUAUGCUUUAAGUAGUAUUGGAUUUAUUACAAAGCUUACUAUAUACCGGUAAUAUGUUUAAGUUGAUAUUAAAAAUAUCUUUCAAAAUACUCGUUAAUGCAUACAUAGUCUUAAACGUCAUUCAUUUUGUUUCCUUUAAAACUGAACAGCUGUUAUCAAAAUACUGUAUGCUGGGAAUUUUUUGCUGCAGUUAAAUUUUGAGCUUUUUUUUAGCCUUCCCAUUGUGAUUGUGUAAUGACAGCUAUGAUAAGUAAACAACACAAUAAACAUAACAAUUAAAUGUGAAGGGCGAAAUUAACACUGGGCGAAAAUUGAUUUUGUGGACGAAGAGCGAAAUUAACACCGGGCGAAAAUUGAUUUUAUGGAUGAAGAGCGAAAUUAACACCGGGCGAAAAUUGAUUUUUGGACGAAGAGCGAAAUUAACACCGGGCGAAAAAUGAUUUUAUGGACGAAGAGCGAAAUUAACACUGGGCGAAAAUUUCCCAGUCUACAGUAUUCACCCAGUGUUAAUUUCUCCCUUGACAUGUAAUUACUAAACAAGGUAUUAUGUGUACUAACUUUUACUGCCUGAUUAUUUUGCCCUUGUUUCAGAGGGCAAAACAUAUUUGAAAGUUAAACUGGGGUAAAUGUCCUUGUAUACAGUACUUGAUAUCAGAAACUGAUGUUUGUUGCCCAUUUCACUAUAAAGGACCAGUGUUUAUUUGUUGUAUACAGUGUCAUUGAUAUUGUUUUUCUGUUCAUUUUUUGGUGUGUUGCUGGUUUUUGUUUUGUUUUUGUUUAUAUAUAAUCAAAACCAUUGUGAGAAAGUAUUAAAUGGAGGGAUAAGGGGAGUAAGAGUGGUUAAGAUAGGGUUGGAAAUGGUUGCGAUGUCGGGGUGGGGAAGGGGGGCCCCGAUGAAUGAGAUAGGGAUUAAUAGAAUCUACCUCGACCUUGACAGAGAAAUUUCAAACCAAAGAGACAACCAAAUAAUCAUCCUGGGGGUUGGAGAUAUCUGUAUCUAUAACACCAUCAAGAUAUGUGCCAUUUUUUCUCCCAUCAUUCCAAUACUAUGUUUAAAAACAAUAGUUUUCAGCAGUUGUCUUGAUCUGCACACAGCCUUUCCUUUCAAGGGCUGAUUACGAUGUCAGGGUGACAGAAAAAUAUGGGAGACAAUUUGGUCAAAGAUGGGAGAGGGAAAUGUUGCAUUUUGGGAUAGGGUGAUUGAGAUGGGGGCGGGUGAUUGAGAUGGGGGCAGGUGAUUGAGAUUGGGGCGGGUGAUAGAGUUGCCCCGGGUGAUUGAGAUGAGUAUAACAUCAUUUAGCGUAAAAAAGUGGUAGUGUUAUUAAUAUAUUUUCAUGUUAUUUUACAAAACAAAGAUUUAUGAGUUGUUUGUUAUUAUUUACUCAUGUUCUAUGUAGAUAUAUUACAUAUACCCUGUAUUGUGAUUUAUAGUGCUUUCUGCCUUUUAAGAUUAGGAGAGAAAUAUUCCAAGCAAUUUUAACUAUUCUUACGUUCAAUCACAGAGUCAUUCAAAACAAACUUAAGAAUAUUUCGUUUAGAUUGAUUAUGAAAUUAUUUUCAUUUUUACAACUCCUAAAUGUGACAAUAUCAGCUCUGUGUUGUCCUCGGACAACUCAGUAAGUGUAAGGGAUAAGGUGAUGUAAGAAUUGUUUAAAUUGGUUGAAUAUUUCGACCACGGUGUAAAAGAUAGAGGAACGUAUGAAGUGGAUUAGACUACUGUAGUUAUUGUGUGUUUACUCUGUCUAUAAGUUAAAGAUAUGUAAUAUGUUUUGUGAUGUACGUAAAUAAGUUCCACGCAUGAUGGGAAUAAGUUACAGUGUAUAUAAUUCAUAUACAUUGUGUAUAAUGUAUAUGAUAUACAUUAUAUGUAAUAAUUUAUAUAUAAAAAAAUAUGUAAAGUAGACAUGCUUUAUAUAAUGGUAUUGGUAUUAACAUUAUAUAUAAUGUGAAUUAGUUACAAAUAAGUCAUGGUUUUACAUUUUAUAUACAUUGUAUAAUGGAUCGAUCAGUAAGAUGGUACAGUGGAACCCACUUAUUAUGUUGUACAUUGUGUUGUGUAUAAUGGAAAUAAGUUAUAUAAUGAUAUAUACAUUAUGUAUAAUGGAAAUAGG